AUUUCGAUGGCACUUUAUUCAUACAAAAACCUUUUUGUAAGGACAAUAUUACUAUGGGGUAUAUCACAAACAAAAAGAUCAGAAUAUAAGUACACCUAUGACAACAAUGAAACCUGUAUUGAUGUGAAGAUGGAUGUUCUGUUUACUCUGAGUAAUGGAAUGGAAGAAGUAACAUUUGAUGGAAAUAAUUUCACUGUGAAGAGUGGGGAUUGUGCAAAAUUUGGAGAAUAUCAGGCAGCGCUGACAUUGGCGAAUUCCAAUGAAGAUUUUCUAUCCUUCACUUUCAAUAUUAACCCUGAUUUAUCAGUGAAUAUGAGUUCCAUGUUUACAUUUGCUCCAACUGAAUUCUUUCCAGGAACACCCAUAUCAACUUCAAUAAAUUUGUUGGAUACUGGAGACAUGAAACUUGGAUCAGACACCCAACUUUACCAGUGUAACGCCAAUCAGAUAGUGACAUUGACUGGGGCGUUGGAAGGGACCACCUAUACAAUGUUCAUGGAUAUGUCUAGUGUCCAGAUUCAGGCCUUUAACAUAAAGAAUGGAAAACUCAGCACUGACAUGUUUGUGUGUAGUGCUGAUCAGAUGACAACUGUAGCACAAGAAACAACAGUGACCUCUGAACCCGCUAAACCCACAACAGAACCAUCAGCAUCUAAUGUAACAACAGUUGGACCAUCUAAUACAACAACAGUGGGUCCAUCUAAUAUGACAACAAAACAAACACCAGUCCCCACUUCAUCUCCAAAUCCUUCAUUUCCCCCAAAGUCCAGAUAUGAAGUCAUUGAGAAUUUUAAAGUUUGUCUCAUCUUGGAGGGACGCUUCCAGCUUAAAGUGACCUACAUGACAAAGGAGAAUAAAUCUGCCAGUGUAAUUGUGGAUAUUCCAGAAAGCAGUGAUGUCACAGUCAUGGGAGCGUGUGCCAAUGGAAAUGACACCAAAUCUAUUCUCACUAUUACACCAAUAGAUGAAGAAAUUUUAUCCUUGACAUUCAAUUAUGAAAUAAUGAAUGGCACGUCUAACCUGGUAUCUUGGACGGCAGAGGUGAAUCUUACAAAGUUCCCUGAUGCCAGGGAAUCUGAGUUAAAUCACACAGUGAGUGGUAAUCCAGUAGAGUUGUCAAGUCCCAAGUUGUUUUACAAGUGUGAAAAAGGGGGAUCCUUCUCAGAUGAUAGUGAGGUUCUGGUCUUUAUGUUCAAGGAGUUUAAAGUACAGGCCUUUAAUGUGGAGGAUGGAAGGUUUUCGGAAAAUGGAUAUGACUGUAAGGAAGACCUAGGACCUAUUCCAGACCCCGAGAACCCUCCGAUGCACGUGUUUGCAAUAAAACGUGAUAAUAUCACUUGCAUCGUUUUCAAAGCUAAAAUUAAGUUCAAUAUCCCAUACCUGUCAAAUAAUGGGGUUGUAACUAAACAGAUUUCUCUACCAAAAAAUUACACGCUGAGUGGUGACUGCAACACAACACUAAAUGGCUAUUAUUCUCAGAAAAUGGUAAUAAACUUUUACAAUACCUGGGAAAUGUCUAUGUUCUUCACUUCUGAUGUACAGCAAAGUGAAUUUUGGAGAGGAUACACGUACAGAGUUACAAAGUACCACAUCUCACAGAUUCAAUUGCUAUACGAUUUUGAUAACAACCUGUUCACAGAUGCUGUAGACAGCAUUGUCGGUAAAAAUACAGAAGCUUUCGCUACCAAUCGUAGAUUACUGCCAACAGAUGAAGAUAAAAGCUACAUGUGCAAUAAAGAAUCUACUUUCAACAUUCAGAAUGGUUUAUCUAUGAUUACCAAGGAACUUCAAUUUCAGGCUUUUAAAAAUGAAUAUACAACUGCUUUCAGUGCGGAAGUGGAAUGUGGGGAAGAGGAAGAGACUUACGUUCUUUUAAUUUCCACAGGAGCAGCAUUAGGGGGACUUCUACUUUUAGUCAUUGUGGCUGUUAUUGUUCAAAGGAAACGUAAAAGGUAUGAACAAUUAACAUAUUGAAUGUGAUAUUCGACAAUUUCGACAUCAAGUUGUGAAGAAAAGCUGGAACUUCUUAAAUAACUGUAAAUGAAAU